AUGUCAGACCUGGAUGAAUAUAUUCCAAUGAUUGAUGCAAUCAUUAUUGCAUCGAAUCCUGAUGAGGUUAGUCCUAAAAAAAUACGUAAAGCAAUUCAAGAAUUAUUUGCAGUGGAUCUUGAUAGCAAACGAAAAAUCGUGAACGAAUUGAUUGUUGAGCGAUACCAUGAAAUUCAAAGACAACCAAAGGUCUUGAUAACUAAAAAUGAGCUGAUGAAGAAAGAUGAAGCACUUGCAAGAGCAUUGAAACGAGAGACGACAAGGAUAGCUCCAAAUGCAGCUUCUAAAUCAAGUAAUGGAAUACCGAAGAAGAAGAGAAAGAAGGUUGAAAAUGCAAAUUCUAAUAGCAUCAAUGUACGUAAAGUAUUAUUGAGUAAACCUUUGCAAGAACUAUUGGGUGCUGAAGAAUUACCAAGAACACAAGUUGUCAAGCAAGUUUGGGAUUAUAUUAAGGAACAUAACCUACAGAAUGCCAAAGAUCGUAGAGAAAUAUUGUGUGAUGAAAAGAUGAAACCUGUGUUUGGUAAGAAAAUGACAAUGUUCCAAUUGAAUAAGAUUUUAGUUAACCAUUUAUUCAAUAAAGAAGAUCUAUUGAUCAAAGAUGAAGAGAACGAAAAUGUUGAUUCACCAAAGAAAACUGAUAAAAAAGUAAGGAAAAGUAAAAGUAAGAGUAAAAACGAUUCUAAUAAAGAGACUGAUUCUGAACAUGAAAAUGAUGCUGAUGAUGAUUCUGAAGAGGAGGCAGAAGAAGAAGAAGAAAGUGACUAG